GGCGGUACCAAUGUGCUACACUGCAAACAAACAAGAGCAACCGGAGAACCGGAGGAUGGAGGAGCAGACGAACCGCAGCUGCACGCGGAAGAAGAUAUGAUGUUUUAGGAGCACUGCUGGCUCGGUGAGGCUGAAUUUGUCGUUUUGGCCACUUUUGGUCCACAGAUAGAAAGAUGGCGCCGUCGGGCUCGUGCAGCACUGACUGCUGGAGAGUUAUAUACUGGAUCCCUGUGCUGUUCAUCAGUCUGAUCGUAGCAUGGUCCUACUACGCUUAUGUAGUGCAGCUCUGCCUAGAAACUAUUGAAAACAUGGGAGAGAAAAUAGUUUACCUCCUGGUAUAUCAUGUGCUUUUCAUCAUGUUCGUGUGGACGUACUGGCAAACCAUCUUCACAAAACCUAUGAACCCACUCAAAGAGUUCCACCUGUCACAUUCUGACAAAGAGCUAUUCCAGCAUGAAGAUCGGCGCGAAUCUCAGCAGGAGAUCUUGAGGAGAAUUGCUAAGGAUUUGCCCAUUUACACACGCACAAUGUCUGGAGCUAUCCGCUACUGUGAUCGCUGUCUGCUGCUGAAGCCUGAUCGAUGUCAUCAUUGCUCUGCCUGUGAUAUGUGCAUUUUAAAGAUGGAUCACCAUUGUCCAUGGGUAAACAAUUGUGUGGGCUUCGCCAACUACAAGUUUUUCAUGCUCUUCCUAGCGUAUUCUUUGUUGUAUUGCCUCUUCGUCGCUGCCACAGACUUGCAGUAUUUCAUUCAAUUCUGGACUAAUGGUCUGCCUGACACACAAGCCAAGUUUCACAUCAUGUUCCUGUUUUUCGCUGCCUCCACAUUCUCAGUGAGCCUAGCGUUUUUGUUUGUUUAUCACUGCUGGCUUGUCUGCAAGAACAGAUCCACCUUGGAGGCUUUCAGAGCUCCUGCAUUCCAGCAUGGACCAGACAAGAAUGCCUUCAGUUUAGGAACAAGCAAGAACUUCCGGCAAGUGUUUGGAGAUGAAAAGAAAUACUGGCUGCUGCCUAUUUUUUCAAGUCUGGGCGAUGGCUGUUCAUUCCCCACGUGUCUAGUGAAUGCAGACCCCGAACAACCCUCCACACCAUCUGCACACAACCCUUCAGUCAAAAGUGCUGGAGAACCCCAUCAGUUUCCACCUAAACCUUUAAGAGAGUCUCAGAGCCGACUGCUGAGCAACGGACAGUCAGAGGGAAGUGAAGACAGAGACACGCAAGGUACAAGCAACCCAGCCUUGACUAUUGAGAAGGAAACUUAGGAGCGUGCUAAUGAAACCGGAGUUUUGUGCUAGUGCUGUGUGUUGUCAGUGGAACAGUAAAGAUGUCUCAGCUGCUCUUGCACAGACUUGCAUUGCUCACAAGAGCUGACAGUGCGAGAUUAUGGUGUGUACUGUACACGAGGGGUCACUGAGUCUCUUGUCCUCCUUGCAAACUGUAUGGCUAUCUUAAUGUGCCUAAAAAAGCCCGCAGAUGUGGCUGAACAUUUGAUAACAUUACCAUGGUUCCUGCAAGGCCCGCAUUUUUAAAAAUGUAGAAGUUUGUAUGGUAAAUGCCUUGAAUAUAGCUUGCGUGGUGUAGGCAGUGCUGAAGAAGGUGAUGUUUUUGUUUGAAGUAUUUAUGCAUGCAGUGUGAUGGUGUUACAUAGUCGUGUUUCAUGUUUGAAAUGUGAACACUGAAAAGCCCAAGUGCUUUUGCACUACCUGUUUUUGAUCCUGCAUUGUUGAAAUGCAGCAGCAUCCAUUAUUUUAUUCAUUACUAUACAUUUGCACAUCAUGCACAUUCAAUCUGUUUUAUUUGACAGUGUCAAUGAGGAUCUAGUCCAUCACCCUUAAGUCUGGAUUCCAGCUGUCAUGAAUUUUGCAAAGGUCAUACAAAAGCAAAAUGAACGAUGUAGCAAAUAUUUUAUGCCAUUUUUAGCGCUGGAUAUUCAGACAAAAACAGUUUAACCUGACAAGCACAGGAAAGACAAAAAUACUAUAUGUGCAAUUUAAAAAGUGCAUAAAGCUGCACAUUAUUUCAGUUUUUAAAUAGUCUUUGUCCUUAUGUUUUCUUGAUGGUUCUGUCAAAUUAAGUAUGCAAGGAUAAUGUGUUGUGUUAACUCCAUAUACAUUGUUAUACUACAGCUGCAGAGAAUAUUUCACUAUUAAAAGUCAGUAUAUUCCACCAUACUUUUCAUAACCGUUUGCACAAUUAAUGCAAAACUCACGAAGAUGUGUUUUUUUUUAUCACAUCUGAUUUAUCUAAGGGCUAUAAUAAUGUAAUUACUUCCAUAUUUCCUAUCUCAGUUUGAUUCAGCAGUUAUUGCAUGUAAAUGUGGUUGUACGUAGUACAUGAUUCUGACAGGUGGGAACAAAACCUCAGAAAUGCCAAGACUUGUGGUGUGUUGUCUGUUGUUUAUUUUGUGAUUACAUUCACACACACCACAUAAAAAAAAACUGUGAUACAAGUGUUCUACUGGUUCUUGUUUUUGUGUAUGUUCUCUUUGAGAGUAUGUGAAAUUCUGCUGGCUGUCUGCGCUGGCGGCUUGAUGCGUUUUCAUAUAAAUUCAGACUCUGUUUGACAACACCAUUGAAUGAUAUGCCUUUAUGAGUGUCACUGUAAGAGAAAUAAAGUGAUAUUUUAUUCUGUUCUA